UCACCCCUGCACUUUUUUGGACAAGCCCAACUUGAAACUGUGUGUGUGUGUGUGAGAGAAUGGAUUAUUGGUCCAGAGAGAGAGGAAUAAGAGCCUCACCCAGUGUUCCCUUGACAACCCAUUCUCCCUACCCAAUCAGUAGAAUCACUGUAGACCCCCUCCCUUCCCAAGCCCUCUGCUUCCUGUGCCAUUUCCUGUGUGAUAGCUCUUAGCUGGAUGAAUAGGGUUAUAUUUUCAUUAUUCAUUAUUAUAUUUGACUUUAAUCGUAGCUCUUAACUCUGAAUGUGCGUCUGUCUUUUUAAGCCCGUUUUCAGUCAUCCAGGCACUAGUUCACCAGAUUGUUAGAGUGGAGUGGAUAAGGCACUGUUACCAGUCUAUAGUUUAAAUACCUUCCAAUCACUCUGUUAAAAGGGCAGUGUACAGUAAAAUGUCAUUUGUGUAUGUCCUCUAGGGAAGCGUGAGGUCCCUGAGUUUAGUAGUGGAAGAUUACUAAUACCUGUUUGCCUCCCUUGCCCUCGGUGCUAAAUUACACCGUGGCUAUUUAGCAAUAAAGGCCAUUUGUACAAACCUCCUCUAGCCCCCUCUACAAACAUCUCAUCACACACACACAGACAAACUCUUCUUAUAUAUUUACACACACACACACUCUCCCAUAGUUAAUUUUAGCUUGCUAGCACCCUAGCCACUGAAGCACUAUCAUGAGAUGGACAUACUCACAAGGGGUCCUGUUGAUGAAUAAAAUCAUAUCUAACACUCUCUGGGCUAACAAGAUUAGAAUUGUAGCACACAAUUGCAUACUCGCAUACAUGUUCACAACACACACACACUGGGGGGGGGGGACAGGCGAAUCAGAUGUGGUCUGAUUGUUCUGCUCUGACCUGAUUUGGAAAGGGAGUCGGAGCCUUAUCCACUCCACAUCAAGAGAAGAGAAUUGAAAAGGUGUAGGUUUGGAGAUGGAAGUGUAUGUUUAGUACUUGUGUUUGUGUACUCUGUGUGUGUGUGUAUAUAGGACAGUUGUCUCAGAACAUUACAGUAUUGUACACAACUUGGGGUGUUCGACAUUUCUCUCCUGCAGCGAAUUGGCCCCUAUUAGCUAAGCAGCAAUGACCCGGUUUGUAUUUGCACGCUCUGCUUUCCUACUCCCAUCUUUUAGGGUUUCCUUGUAACGCUUCUCUUACUGUCUCUCUGUCACUCUAUCUUCACAUCGCUCUACGUCUUUCUGCUCUCUCAAUCAAUCUUCUCUCUGUUCUUUUCAUGCAUCUAUGUUCAAACAAUUCUUUCUCUCUCUACUACACAGUGAUUCGGUGUACAGUACCCUCUGUCAUUCUGUGCUGGCAUGGUGCUUGUGCAACUGGGACUGCAUUUUUCGCUGACGAGGCACAUGGAUAAUAUCGCAGGCAGCUCUUUUCUCUCGCUCCCCCUUCCAUCUCUUUCUCUCCGUGUCUCUCUCGCUCUCUGAAGCAGGCCUGAACUCCACUCUUGUCUCCACAACGUCUAUCCCCUCUCCUCCUCAGGGCAUAGUGGAUGUCCCCUGACUCCAACUAUUGAUCUGAUUCUGAGCAUCUCAAGGCACAGCAGAACAGUAUCUUAGCCCAGCUGCAUUGAGAGUUCCAGCUGCAUUGAUAAAUAAAGCUUUAUUUACAAGUAGGUACGAGGAGGGUUUUUAGGCUUUUGUUUGAAAGUAUAUACAGCCAGUCUACAUGGAAACGCCACACACCCACACAACUAUACCGCUAGACGUUGAGAGCUAGCCUUAAGCAUGUAGCUGUAACAAAGCCAAAUUAUUCAGCCAGGCACUCUGGUGUAAAUAAUCCUGUGUCUGUUCUGUUGUGAGGCACAUAGACAGCAGCAGUAACAACAGCGGUAACAGCAAGGUCAGUCUGUCCUUCUCCUAGCUCUGCUGUUAUCCUGCUGCUCUGAAAGCGUUACUAAGCCAAGCUAAAAAAGGCUUCCUUUAUGAAAUGUGAGGGAGAAAGUCCUGUCUGGCCCUGACCAUUUCUCCAUAGGCCUUCAUAUGACUCAUAUAUAGACCCUGUUGGGUUGUCAUGGUGGGCGGAUUGACCAAACCAAGCUGAGCCACGUAGCACCAACCCACUCACUGGCUCAGGAGCUCACUGUGGGAGGGCGGUGGAGAGGAGUGGAGAGGAGAGCAGGAGAGGUGGCCUGCCUACCUGGGUAAAGUUGCUCCUGCGCUAUUGUCUAUGGAGGGGCGCUGAGAGCCGGGCUGCAGCACGACAGCUCCUGACACACGUGGAGAGAGAGGGAGGACUGUCACUUCAACCACAGACGCAUGCGCUCACAUAAUGCGUAUUACACACACACACACCAAACCUUUAAUUUCAGUGAAAUUGCAGUUGAUCAGCUUUGAAAUUUCACAGUUCCACUUAGGUUUGUCUGAUUUUUAAAAGGCUGUAACACACUCACCAACAUCAGCCCCCCCAUUCUCCUCCUACUCCAGCAGCAGUGUCAUGGGUGACGGGGGCCAGUGACAGUCGUCAGCGUGUCUCACGUCACGGAGCUGGCUGUGUGUGCAGCGCCCGCGCCUCUCUGCGUCCCUCCCCUGCCACUCGUGUGUGUUCUGAUCUGUAGGCAGCUAGAGGUCUGUGGUACUUUACUGGGAUCUGUUUUCUCUCUCUGUCUUUCCCCUCUGUUCUCUCGCUCUUUCUCUAACAUUGUUUUUUUGCAUUGCAUGUGUUAACUGGGUAUCAUUCGGUACUAGCUCUCUUACUCUGUCCUAAUCACAACACCUUUUCCCCUCCCCUCCCCCAUUUCUCCAAUGUCCCCUACCCCUGUUCCCUCCUCCAAAUCUCUGGCCCUGAGAGAGAGAUGCAGUGGGCAGCCUCAGACACACACAAACACACAAGAGCAAACUCUAUUUGAAAAACACCUGUUCACAAACUGUUCUGGCCUCAAACUUGAGAGAGAAGAUUGAUUUCACACCGUGCCAUUUCACAUGAUGCCUUCCGGCCUUUUACCUUUGGCUACUGAAACACUGCACCAAGCCAGGGUCAGCUACAUCACAGCACCACUGACAACAAUAUUCAGAGUCAAACCUCAGUCAGAUUAGAAGGAAACGUACAUGCCCAGGGAUUUAUGACAGGUCAAAGGUCAUACAUCACCCUCUCAUGGUGCAGUACGACUGCAGUAACACACUGACCCCAGCCCACCCUCAGUAUGUUAUCACGGGUGCUAACAGCCAUUUGGUGUCUCUGUUCUGGGUCCAGGUGCUGACAUCAUCAACAUGAGGUGGGUCUGACAGACUGUGACGGUGUACCGACUGCUUAAAGGCCAUGUUGUUGUUCACAUCCAUGUAUCAACAGAGCUCUAGGUGUCUUUGAAAUGAUCAACCUUGUAUAGGUGUUUUUUCACUGCCACCCACACGCGCAACAACAUUGCUUGCUCGCUCGCCCCCACACACACACACACACACACACACACACACACACACACACAGAGAGCCUAGAGGAACACACACUUAUACGCACAGACUACUGUGCUGUUUCUCAGGCACCAGCUGUGUCUUUCCUCUGCUCCAUGCUGUGUUAGUGUUACACUCCCACCUCCCAGCAUUCAUUUGGGAAAAUGUACCCCUGGAAGAUUACCAAGGGAAAGGUCAACUGCCAUCAGUCACUCGUCCCCUUUCCAACCCUGACCCCGCCUCGGGCUCCAUCUCUAUCUAUUUAGCACCAGCUCCAACACUGCAGGAGGCAGACUGGCGAGGUCAGUUAGAUGUUUUUAAGGUCAUUGAUGGUCAUGGAUCCAGUGAUCCUGACCAAGUCUGUCCACCGGUUAAGUCACAACUCCUCAAGGUCAACUGAACAGACCCAAGGUUAGGUAACAACUGCUCUCCAAUAUGGUGGUGCUAAGAGGGCAGGGCCUUGGUUGGAAGGUGUCUGUUCUAUUUGGCCCUUGAGGCCCAUGCAGGGACCGUUGUUUCCAUUUAGUCACACCAAUCUGAGCCUCAGCAGGGAGGAAUGUGAGCAUGCAAGGCAGACAGACAGAGCACCAAGGACAGCGGAGCUGGAAAUAGAGCUUUACAAGGAAGAGGAGAGCUGCCCCCCUGCUCUGUUCAACAGACCCAGCUCCACAAGACACACAUUCCACAGGGGGACGAGAGCGGGUGACGCCUGGCUGCCACCCUCUGUUUUCUACUGUCACAUAGUUACUCACACAGAGAUAAUCAUAUUAAAUAUGACCCAAGUUUUGGUUGAUAUUUUUUCUGACAUUAUUCUCUGGUUAAGUGGAUUAGCGUGCUGUCUGUUCUGUGGGUUAAGGCCUCAGACAGUGAUGGUGCAGUAAUCCCUAUUAAAAACCUGCCAUAUAAUGCAAGGGGCUUCUGAACCCCAGUGUGAGGCUCGCACACAGCCAGCGUCUACUACACACACACACACACACACACACACACACAGAGAGAGAAUUACACCGUCAGCAUCACUAGGUUUGAAGACGCACACAGGUUCCUGGUAUGGUGCCCCCUGUAUACCUCAUCCUUCCUUUACCCCUAUUUAUUUGGUUUUGCCCUCCCUCAACCUCCCAUGCACUGUGUCAAUGACCGCACAAUGCACAUUACCCUCCCUACCAACACUCUCGGUGUGGAUUUCUCUUGUUUGGAUAACAUUUUCUUUUUAUUUCUCCUAUAUUAACAGUAAUCAUUAAAUCAGUGAGUUUAUUGACAUGCCUAGUUACCACAUUUCUGUUUUGUGUACAGUGUUUUAUAACAUUUUUAGGGCAAAAUAAAGAUUUUAGCUCUUUAAAAAAAAAAGCUAUGAAACAAAUUGCAGUUGAAAGCGUUAGUGACUGGCCGGUUUCUUACAUUGUGUCACGUGUGACUGUUCUUUUGACAGCCCAGUAUUUUAAAGCCAGGUUCGUAUGGAAAUGCCUUCACUCCACUUGCACUGCUGUUGGAACUCGCCGUCGUUGCUUUUCAUCGUCCGUCUGUCUGUUUUCUUCUUCAUUUAGUGCGUUCAUUCAUCUGUUGUUCAGCACACAGCCUGCGUCUCAUCUCCGCCCUCACACUCUGCUCAGUCCAUUCUGAUUGGCUCAUCGAUCAGUCUCAGCCAUUUUGGACUGAAGUUUCUCCCCCUCACCAGCCUCACCUGGUCGUCCUCAUUCUAAUUUACAGACACAGCUAGAGUUAUUUUGGGGGAGGGUUACAGACUAUUGGCUUGCAUUUGAUUUCCCCCACCACCACCAACCUACAUAACCCUUGAGAGCCAGUUUCUGUGUGGGUUGUUGCAGGCAGCUACAGCACCAUCCUACUGCGGUGAGAACUAAAAGCAUCCCCAGUAUGUCUUUGUCAAUGGGAGCAGGGAGGAGCCCACUGCAGUGCAGAGAGACGAGGCUGCAGAGGAUCAUGGGAAUUGUAGUCCUCCAGCCCCUCUUUUAUUUAUAUCUGCUCUGACUUGAUGUGUCUAGCAACCAGCAUGAACAUGUUUAUAUGGUGACACCAUGCUAGGUGAUGUAUAUCCCCGGUUAUUAGAAGUACACAUGCGAUCCCUCUCCUCAGCAUAUGAGGCCCAGUGUGGAUUCUUCUGUGCUUGGAGCGGAAGAUCUGACUGGCACACAGAUACAGCUCAUAUAUCCCCCAUUCCCAGGCUCUGCUCUAGUGGGUGUUCCUGUCUGGAAUUAGACGAGGAGAAAAACACAACCAAACAGAGCUAGGAAGUGGUGCAGUUCAACUUUUCCCUGGGGUAAGGUAGGAAAACAAAUAUUUGGGUAUUUUAUCAGCAAGGCUCUACAACAAGUACUGUAUAUGAGGGAGAUUGUCUGUGGCUUUGGAGGGGAGUUUCCAUUUCAACAAUAUUUUAUGUGACUCGCUUAAAACAAACCAAUUAGGUAAUGGUAUUUUAGUUAACGAUAAGCAAGCGGGGAGCGUUUACUUAGUUAUACAGAUGGGGGGGGGUACUAGUUUGAGUAGAAAUACCACAGGGACUCGAUAAAAUUUGGUCAAAUCCAUCUCUUGGACAAAGGCAGAUGGGCGGAGAUGCAGCAUGUUCUGUGUGUGACAACCACUACCCCUUCCACAUGCACUAACCCAUACUGCCCCACCACCACUCUUACAGCUCCAUCCACUUCCACGGCCCUCUGUCUGUCAAGACAAUCUACUAUGACCCUGUCCAACCAUCACCUCUGUGCUUGAGCCCAUCUCAGACUAACACCAUUGGUCCGUUGGCCUUCUGUUGACCCUGCCCUUCUGUAUAUGCAUCAUCAUAUACAGUCCAGUACUAACACCGUCUCUUUUUGUUCAACUCUUCAACAAAAAGCUGCAUGCUGUUUUACUGUUUGGUUUCAAUCCCUCCCACUUGGUUUUCUGUUUGUGACAUUUGACAUCUACUCUCUUUGUGAUUAUAAAUAUCCUUUUUUUGGGUUGGUUUGUAUGUUUUUGGUAGAUUGCAGCACCCUGGUGAAUGGUAGUAGAAAAGCUUGGAAUAGUUAUAAUCACAACUGAAACACAACCUUUAUUUUUAAUUUUUUUACAAAUCUCAUUGUUUCUGUUUUCUUUGUGCUUGAUGAUGUACUGUAGUUUGUAGUGGUGCGACAGUCUUGCUUUUCACUUUGUUUUACUGCUGACCCAUAGCGUUAUAACAGUCUCAGUCACUCACCUGAAGUCUUCCUCUCUCCUACACAGUCAUACACACUCUCAACCCUGGGCCUUGUAAUGGUAACCCAAGGCCCUCUUAGCACUUUCUCUCUCUCUCUCUCUCUCUCUCUCUCUCUCUCUCUCUCUCUCUCUCUCUCUCUCUUCCCCCUCUCGCUGUAUUUCUCUCGUGACAGCUGCAUAGUUUUCGUGCCGCUCCCCUCUGUCUUGGUUAUGGAAUCACAACAAGCUUGGAGUUUCUGGUCCUCUUUCUGUUAACGCAAGAUUUCCAUACCUCGUUUUUGUUCCAUUUGUCUGUGUAUGAUAGAUCUCGCUCUAUAGCGGUUCAUAUAUGUAUAAGCGUGUGAUACAUAUAUUACCGUCUCCUUUCUCCUCUUCCUCCUUCCCCUCGUACCUCCCAGACAGCUGAUAUUAUCUGUAUUACAACAACGAGUAGAACAUGGGACGCUUCAUCCCCAGUUUGUAAGCUUUAGAGGUUUUAAUCAGUUCCUGUAAGGGUAGGCUCCUUCUCUACCCCUCAGUGUGGCCAUGAGGAUGUUAGUACAGAGAUUACACACUCCCUCCCUCCUUCCCUCCCUCCUCACCUCCCCCUGUGCUGGAAGUCACUGGUGUCACAUGGUGUAGGAGGUGGUGAUGAUUUGAUAGUAGUCCUGUAUGUGUUUGUGACCCGUGCCCACGGGGAAAGCGUUUCUUAUUAUUGGAAUGUUUUUGGUCUUUUUCUCCUCUGUUCUGUCUGCCAGGAUAACAUUGGGCACCGGCUGCUUCAGAAACAUGGCUGGAAGCUGGGACAAGGACUGGGCAAAACCAUGCAGGCGAUUUGAUCCUGCCCAUGUUGUGCUGAUGGUAAACUUAGUGGACGCACCGACCCUGUGCCCAUCAUCCUCAAAUAUGAUGUCAUGGGGAUGGGACGCAUGGAGAUGGAGUUGGACGUUGCCGAAGAUGCUACAGAGAAGAGGAAAGUGCUGGAGGUGGAGAAGGAAGUCACAGAGGAAUUACAGCAGAAAUACAAGGACCAGGUGGAAAAGGAGAAGGCCAUCGCUAAAGCCCUGGAAGACCUGAGGGCCAACUUUUACUGUGAGCUGUGUGAGAAACAGUACCAGAAGCACCAAGAGUUUGACAACCACAUCAACUCGUACGACCACGCUCAUAAGCAGAGGCUUAAGGAGCUGAAGCAGAGGGAGUUUGCGAGAAACGUGUCAUCACGCUCCCGGAAGGGUGGGAAGAAGCAGGAGAAGCUGCUACGCAGGCUACAUGAGCUGGCUGAGCAGAGGAAACAGCAGAACCGUACCCCGGGAAGUGGUCCCAUGUUCAAACCCACCACCGUCGCAGUAGACGGGGAGAAGGGUGAAGAGGGGAGUGCUGUAACCCCCGAGUAUGUUCCCCCUGCAGACACUGCCAUGGAGGGCUUGUCAGGGGAGGAGAAGAGCAGUGGGGGUCAGGCCUCCCCCAAACCAGCCCCCACCGUCAGCUUCUCCUUGGGGAAGAGGAGCUCAUCCCCGGCCGGGGCCUCCAAGGUCAGCGUGUCCUUCUCCUUCGCCAAGAAACCCCCGGUGAAGCUGGAGACGGUCGCAGCAGUGUUCGCUAAACUCCAUCAGGAUGACGAGGAGGAGGAGGGGGGACAGGAGGAGGGAGGGGAGAAGGCCACGGGACAGGAGGCGACAUCAGGCUGCAGCACCGAGAGCCCCAAGGGAGGAGGGAAUGGAACAGCAGGGCCAGAGGAGGAGGAGGAGGAGCAGCAGGAGGAGCAACUACAUCAAGAACAACCAGAGCAGGAGGAAGAGGAUGAUGGCGCCUCCCUAGCCUCCACUCUCAACAAGCUGAAGAUGAUGAUGAAGAAGGAGGAAGGCUGGGCCGGCCAGGAGCCGGAGUACUACCACUACAUCCCACCAACCCACUGCAGAGUCAAACCCCGCUUCCAGUUCCUGGUGUUCAUGAAGGCCACAGACCAGUGUGAGAUCAGGGAGCAAGAAGAAGAUGAAGAAGAGGUGGAAGAGAAGGUGGUAGCAGAGGUUUCUGAGCAGAAACAGCCUAAAGUUACUGAGUGCAAAUCAGAGGAGCCAGAGAAGACUCCUGCAGCUCCAGUCACAGAGCCCACUCCUACAUCACCUAAACUGAAGACUGAAGAGGCCUCUGCCAGCUUAACAGACCCCCCUCCCACAACGGCCACCACUGUAGUACCAGACAACAAGCAGGAGGCCCCACUCCCAGUCCCAGAGCCCAACUUGGGCCCCAAAAUCCCCACCGGCCCCUUCUUCCUGGUCCUGAGCAAAGACGAGAGCACCACUCUGCAGUGGCCCUCGGAGCUGCUGGAUUUUACCAAGGCUCAGCCCGCCCUCUCUUACAGCUGCAACCCCCUGUACUUCGACUUCAAACUAUCCCGCAACAAAGGGGGCCGUGCUGGACGAGUAGCAAAGUCCUCCAAGCCCGCUGGUGAAGGAGCUGAGAAAAAAAACAAUCCUGAGGCAGCUGCUGCAGUCAAUGAGGGGAAUGCUGCUGCUGCCACCACCACCCCUGGGCCCAGCACUGACAACACUGAUAAGGAGCAGCCCUCCUUAAAAAUAGAGGGUUCCCAAGGGGAGACUGAGGAGCAAAAGCUACAGAGUAGCACAAGCGGAGCCAAGAAGAAGAAAAAGAAGAAGAAGAAGAAGAAGCAUAAGAAAUCUGGCAAAGGCUCCAAGCGCAAAGAAAAAGAGAAGGGAGCCGUAGUGGACGGGGACGCGGAAACUGCGAUCCUAGGAGAGAAAACCAAAAAGAAGAAAAAACACAAACGAAAGAAGAGCAAAAACAAAGGUGAGGAGGGGGAAGAGGGAGGUGGUGGUGAUAAGGAAAAGCCUAAAGAGGAAAAGGCAGCAGCCGCAACAGUUUCUAGUGCUCCCCCAGCACCAGCAGGAACAGGAACCGAACCUGGGAAGAGGAAACGACCAGCCAAAGAAGCACUUCAGAAGUCCGGGGCAGAGGAAGGUGGGGCAGGGAAAGGCUCUGACGAGGCCAAGCCCUCUGACGAGCACAACGGCACCAAGCGUCUGAAGACAGACCCCAGCGCCCCACCCAGCGCUUCCUGCUCCUCCUCGGCCCAGAAGAGCCCAGGGCCAGGCAGACCACCCAGCAGUGAGAGUGAGGAGGAAGGAGGCGGAGGCUCGGCUUCCCGAUCCAGCCGCCGCAGGUCCACGCCCCGGGAGGGGCGCCGGCACCAGAGCGAGGACUCCGGCCGCUCCCGAAGUCGCUCGUCGCGUCGGGGAGACGGGCGAGGGAGCAGCCGGCGGCGGCACCGCGGCCAGGCCUCCCGUAGCCAGUCAGACUCCAGCAGCUCGGAGCGCUCCUCAAGCGCCUACAGCCGGCGCAGCCGCAGCUACUCAGACAGUUACAGUGACGACAGUGACGGGGGGCGCCACCGGAGACACUCUAAACGCUCCUCUGACUCCGAGUACGAUCGACGCGGAAGCGGCGGGCGGCGGCGCUCCAGAAGACGUCACUACUCGUCCUCGUCCUCGGAGGACUCUCGCUCCCGCUCACGCAGCCACAGCCGCAGGAAGAGGCACCAGCGGCGGCACCGGAGCAGCUCUCGGAGCUCUAGCAGCAGGAGCCGCAGCAGCAGCGCCAGGUCGUGGAGACGCAGCUACAGCCGCAGCCACAGCUCAGCCAGCCGCUCCUCCAGCUCCACCAAGGGCUCCCCUCACCGGGGUCGUGGAGGCCGGGGGGGCCACAGGGGCCGGGCAGACAGCGCCACACGGCGCCGAGACUUCAACCGCUCCUGCAUCUACCGCUCCCAGUCCCCCCGCUCUGCCUCAUCACGAGCCCCAAACCGCAACAGCAGCUCCCAGAGCCAGAGGGCAGGGGGGUCCCGGGGAGAAGGAGGGGGAGACCAGAGGAACUCUUCCUCACACUUCACCGCCCGCCAGCUUCUGGAUAAGAUCCAGUCCAGGAAGGGAUCUGAUGUCCCAACCACAGGGACCAAGUCUGGCGCCAAGAUCAAGGACCCACCAUCGGGCUACUUUGGGCCCAAACUGCCUCCAGCUCUGGGCAAUAAGUCCAUGCUGCCCCUGUUCGGUAAGCUGCAGGCAGGGAAGAAAUUCCCUGCGAUCCCCCUGACCCGGCCUGAUGGUGGAGAGAAGUCAUCAGCAGGGAAAGGUUCAGAUGCCGGGGGAGAGGUCAUCCUGAUGGAGCCCAUCCGGGAGUUCCCCCCACCGCCUCCCCCUCAACCAGCUCAUAAGAAGGUGCAGGAGACGGUAGUAGUAGUUCAGGAGGCCCGCCACCUCACCCUGGACGCACGGGUACUUCAUGAGCCCCGGCCGCUGUUCGAUCAGGAGCCCUCCAUGCUGAUGCCCCCAUACCAGGGCGAGCCGGGACAGGACCCCUCCCAGAACCCCAUGAUGGAGCCCCUCAUGCCUGACAUGCAGCAGCAGCCACCCCCCAUGCACGCCUACCCCAACUACCCCCCGCCCAGCCUGGAGGAGGAGGACAUGGGCAUGGAGGCAGAGGAGGACGGUCUGGCCCCGCUGGAGAGCCAGCCCAUCACCUUCACCCCAGAGGAGAUGGAGAAGUACGGCAAGCUGCAGCAGGCCGCCCAGCAGCACAUCCAGCAGCAGCUCCUGGCCAAGCACAUCAAGACCUUCCCCUCAGCCGCAGCAGCACAGGCUGCAGCAAACAUGGCAGCAGCAGCUAACCAUCUGCAGCCGGCACCCCCUCCCCCCCAGCAGCAGAUGGUCCAGAUCCACCAGCCUGCCGUGUCUGCAGCCUCGGCUACCUCCAUCACCACAGUACAACACCUCAUCCAGCAGCACCAUGCUGCUCAGGCUGCAGCCAUGGGCAUUCACCCACACGGCCCCCACCCGCACCACCAGUUAGCCCAGGUCCACCACAUCCCCCAGCACCACCUCACCCCCAUCUCCCUGUCUCACCUGGGACACUCUCUAGGCCACACUCUGGGACACCAGUUGGGAGUGGGACACGCUGGACUGAUCCCUGCCCACCACACGGCCUUCCUCUCUGGCCAGCCCAUACACAUUAUCCCAGCCUCAGCACUUCAUCACCAUAGCCCCUUAGCACUCCACCACAUACCACACUCAUCCCUCUACCCAACGCUGUUCGCCCCCCGGCACUCUAACGCCGCUGCGGCAGCCGCACUGCAGCUCCACCCCUUCCUGCACCCCAUCUUCUCAGGGCAGGACCUCCAGCACCCCCCUAACCACGGCUCCUGAGAAAGACCUUCACGAGCCAUGUGUCCACAUCAGAGGAGGGUGUUUUGGCCAGAGAAGGCCUGGUUAAACAUCUGAGUUAACAUGGAGAGAGGGAGGUGUAGUGGCACCAUUGUGCAGCAGGUGAUGAUGAGAAUGUCAUCAGACUGGCCACCAUUACACCACUGGCCAGACAGAGGUGCUGUGAUAUGCUGCCUGUGCAGAGGUAAACAACAGACAUUUACUGUGGGCUCUUUGAAUGGACCCCUCCUAACAGUUGACUGACAUUCACCCUGACGUUUCUGGACAGGGUGGAGGAGGGUUUGAGGCAACCUCAAAUCUAAGACGGCAGUUUGUUUUCAAUGGGAACCCGGUUUAAAAGAAAAAUGUAAAAAAGAAGCAGAAACCUCUGGAGUAUUUUUUUUUUGUCCCACAGUUUAUAACUGAUUGUUGCUGUCAAUGUUCUUCUUUGUUUUCUACAGCCAAAGAGACGCAGUGGCUGAAGCCAUAAGCAGGAUGGUGUUGUGGGAAAGGAAGGGGGGAGAUGAGAUGGGGACAAGGGGGGGGUUUAGGGUGACAUCCAUGACUGGAAACAGCCUUGACUUAGUAAUGUAAUCUGGUGGCUCUAGUCUACUGCCUGAAUUCUGUUGUCAUUAAUAUCUAAUGUUCUCACAUGACUACUUGCUCUCUUCAUGACCCGUAAUAUUCACCAACAAUUUGUAAUACGGUAUAGUGUACAUAGAUCACUGAGCAAUGUGAAGUAUCACUCUAAUAUGAUGGGCAUAUAAGGGAUGUUCUUUAUUACUGACUAAGGAAAUGAAAAUGGUCACUGGUGGGGGAACACCGAUGAGAGGUUGGGUGAAGCUCAUGUUUUAUUGGAAAUACUGUGGGGGGGGUCACACCCUCUUAGUGCCGUAGGGUUAAAGGUCAUGUUCCAAGUGGUAGUGGUUGUAUAUCGAAAUGACUUGCACUGAAAUCUGUACAUCAAGAUGCUGCUUUCGCAUCAUGUAACAAAUGUAUGAUUGUAGUAUACUGCAAUAAUUGUAUUUUUUUUGUUUCUAAAUUAUUUUCCAAAAUGCUCCUCAAAAUGUUUUUCCUCUUGUGUAAUUUUUGCUCAAUGUAAAUAAAAUUGCUGUAGUUAACCCCAAUAACAUUCUAGAGGUUUGUUGCUACUGUAAAAAAAAUAUAACUGAAGGAAAAGAAUACUUUAUCAAGACAUUUUCUGAACUAUUAUCCUGUUUGGGAAGGAUUGGGUGAUGGGACUGCCCUGUAAGUGGUAGCAAUGGUAUGUCUUUUUUAAAUAUGAUGCGUCAGCAAAUAAAGAGUUUUGAGUUGCUA